AGGACGGUCCGGUGAGCGGAGAGACAGCAGAGGAUGAGGAGGGGAUGAAGAGAAGACACGCUGGGAGGACAACUGCUUAUCUCACAGGACAGCGUCAUGCUCAGUCUACUGCGCCCCCUCCUGGCCGUCUGCUUGUACCUGCUGCUGUCCGGCGGCCAGUGCAGGAUGCCCGCGUACAACAAUGGCUUUCACUACCAGGACAUCAGCAACGGAAACGGAAACGGAGAGAUCUAUUUCAACGGGGUUCGUCUCCAUGUGGAGUCCCCGCAGCACGCAGUGUCGGCCGCCAGGGGGAGCAGUGUGACCCUUCCCUGUCACUAUCACUACGAGCCUGAACUGACCGCACCACGCAGGACCCGGGUCAAAUGGUCCUGGUUGCCUGCCAACUCCAUCAGUGCACCUGUUUCCCCCGCAGCCUCCGCCAGGGAAACCGAGGUUAUGGUUGCUAUGGGCAACCGCCACCGCAGCUAUGGCAGCUUCCGGGGACGGGUGCGCCUGAGACGCUCAGCACCGGGGGACAUGUCUCUGGUCAUCAAUGAGCUGCAACUCAACGACACGGGCAGAUACCGCUGUGAGGUGAUUGACGGCCUGGAGGAUGAGAGUGUGACGGUGGAGCUGGAGCUGCGGGGCGUGGUGUUCCCCUACCACUCUCAGAAAGGACGCUACCAUUUGAACUUCUUUGGAGCCCAGCAAGCAUGCCAGGAUCAGGACUCCACUCUGGCUACAUUCGAGCAGCUUUUCACAGCGUGGGAGGAGGGGCUGGACUGGUGUAACGCUGGCUGGUUGGCUGAUGGCACAGUGCAGUAUCCAAUCACAGUCCCACGCGACGGCUGUGGGGGCAUGGACUUAGCUCCUGGUUUGCGCAGUUACGGACAACGGCAUCGCCUCCUCAACCACUAUGAUGCUUUCUGCUUCUCCGCCGCUGUCAAGGGGACUGUGUACUUCUUGAAGCACCCGACCAGGCUCAACUUCACAGACGCGAUCCAGGCUUGUGCCACUGGUGGAGGUCAAAUUGCCAAGGUGGGCCAGCUGUACGCCGCCUGGAGGCUGAUGGGAUUGGACCGCUGCGACGCUGGCUGGUUGGCUGAUGGGAGUGUCCGUUAUCCUAUCACAAAGUCCCGGGCUAACUGCGGCCCACCAGAACCAGGGGUGCGUAGCUUCGGGUUCCCCCCUCCCUACCUGAAAUUUGGCGUCUACUGUUAUUGGUAGACACUUUGGCUCAACACAAGACAAAAACGAACCAUUUUAAAAGCAUACUGGUUCAACGCUCUGCCUGAGAGGUUAGAAUUAGCCGUAGUUAGCCAGUUUGUUCAUUUCUGAGCUAUCUUGAGGCCAUUUAAGUUCAUCGCGCUCCACCUCCAUAAGACUGUAACGGUAGUGUACUUUAUUACCAGUCAACAACUGUUCAACUGUGUACAUCGAUCAUGUGUUCCCUCUUGUACUUAGACAAAAUGUCUACACUAUAUGGCCAGAAGUUUGUGGACACACGAGCAUUACACCCUUGUGUAAUUGUUGAACAUCUCAUUCCAAACCCGUGGGCAUUAAUAUGUCGCUAUAACAGCCUCCACUCUCUGUGAAGGCUUUCUACAAGAUUUUGGAACUUCUCUACAGAAAUUUGCUCUCAUUCAGUCACAUCGUGUGGACGGCUACAGAAGUUGGGUGAUUAGGCUCACGUUGGGUGUUCCAGUAUCCUAAUAGGUGUUGGAUGGAGGUUGAGGUCAGGGCUAUGUGCACACCAGUCAAGUUCUUCUACACCAAUUUUGAGAAGCAUUUCUUUGUGGAUCUAGAUUUGUACACAGGGGGCAUUGUCAUGUUAAAAUAUAUCAGAGGACCUUACCCAGAAAGUUGAAAGCACACAUUGUCUAAAAUGCUUUUACUGUAGCAUAAAGGUUACCCUUAAUUUGACCUAAGGGACAUAGAGAUGAGCAUGAAAAACAGGCCCAGAUCAGAAUUACAUGAAUGUGUUAUACUGACUGGGGUGUCCACAUAAUAUUGGCCAUAUAGUGUAUAAUAAUAAUAAAAAGAGAACAUCUUCCCAUCUUCUAGGAUUUAGUUAUAUUCGCUGCAAGUUUUCCUCGCAGAUCAGAUCAAGCUGAUCUUGCUUCAAAUUAUUUGCAGCGGAUUUGAAAUUUGGCUGUCCAGAACUGACUUUAAUUCACAGGUGAUUCAUUUCAAACUCAGGGAAGGUGUUCGGACUCAAAUUGAUUCACUUCUCUCCAACCAUACCUCAGUCCUACCCUGUAUUUAUUCAACCAAACGUUUUACAUUGUCGUUUUCAGCAGUGACCUCCAUAACAUUGCAGUCAAACAGCAAAAAAUUAGACACUCAGUCUUGGAGGCUUCAUACUACAACAUCAAACUUCUGGGUUAAGUGCCUUUCUAAAGGGCACCUUGAGGGAGUGGAGAGUAUUUCUCAUUAUUUUCCGGUCAAAUCUUUCCAGUUACUCCAUGAUUGUACACUCACUAACUAUAGGUUAUUUCCACCAGAGACUCUUUCUGUCUUUCUAACACUGUGAAAUAUACUGGAGUCUUUGUUUUGCUCCUGAAAUGUCUGCGUAUCCCAUUUUAUAAAGUAUAAUGCAUCUCUUAUUUCAUUUUUCUGGGUGAUUAAGGGUAGUGCUCUGUGAUGGAGAAAGUUAUGAGUGAGUAUCUGUAUUGUUGUGAUAUUUAAACUACCUUGUUUACAUCCAUUGUGGAAGAAGAAUCAGUGUUUCAUUACAUAAAUGUACUUUUUUUUGUUUUUCAUUAUAUAUGUCUAUGCAUUUGUACUAUUUUCUACAAAUUAAUAAAAACAUUAGUGU